AUGCAUGCAAGGCUGCCGACAGCCUGGGUAGCUCCUGCCCCACUACGACUGGCGCAGGGCGUGGGCCAAUUGCGAUACAGCAGGCCUGGCCUGGUCGGGUUGCAAUGCGCUGGAAAUGCGCUACAAGGAGAACGCGCUCAGCGGCAGCCGCCACAGAAGUGGCUGGAAGCUGCAGUGGCAAAAGAUGAGAAAUCCACUAUGGCCGGGGCAGAUCAGCAGCAUGAUUUUGCCGCGCCAGCCAAAUUUGACAACGACCUCAGCGGCCUCGACGAUACCCAGUGGCCGCUCCUUACCUGCCCCAAGGCCACACCUCUCUCCGCAAUGUCGCGCCAUCACCCCGAUCUCGUCAUGUGCCGCAAGCAGCCGGGCAUCGCCGUCGGCCGGGUCUGCGACAAAUGCGACGGCAAAUGCCCCGUGUGCGACUCGUACGUGCGGCCGACGACGCUUGUGCGCAUCUGCGACGAGUGCAGCUUUGGCAACUACAUGAACAAGUGCGUGGUGUGCGGCGGCGAGGGCAUCUCGGAUGCCUUUUACUGCUUUGAGUGCACGCGCCUCGAAAAGGACCGCGACGGCUGCCCGAAGAUCAUCAACCUCGGUAGUUCCAGGACAGAUGUAUGUGCCCCCCCCCCCCCACCAACCCUCUCGCUGGUCACCUUGGACCUCGUGCAUUCCCGGGUUAUGUGCUCUGCUAACACAAGCGCACAGCUCUUCUACCAAAAGAAAACAAAUCGAUCACAAUACUAG